CGUCACCUCCUCACCUCACUUUCUCUCUCUAUCACUACUUCUUUCUCUCUCCUCACCUCCCAAUUUCCCAUUUUACCCUCUCCUGCUCAUGCUCGUGGCCUCUUCCAAAUGCCCCCAUUUCGACUCGUUAACAGGGGAGUCCCAGUACGAGAGCUUGGGGGUGAUAAACACGAACCCGGUGGCGAAAACAUCGGUCGAUAACGGGUUGUCGGAGAACGGGAAGAGACAAACAGUGAAGGCAGCUUUGGAAUUAAAGAAAUUGGGAGCUUGUAAUGGGAGUUGUUGGAUAUGGCCUUCUAUCACUCAAAGAGCUUACCAAGCUGCUGAGAUUAUCGCUUCUGUUAAUAAACUUGAUCGCAGCCACAUAGUUCCUGAAUAUAGCUUUUUGGAUGCUCGUGGGCUUGGGGCUUAUGAAGGCAAGGCGCUCGAAUCUGUUUCAGAGGUUUAUGCAUCAGAUGGUGUGUCUCCCAAUAUAAAGCCACCUCCUAUUGAUGAUGGAACCCCAAAUGAGAGCGUGGGAGAUGUCUUUGUUCGAGUAACACAACUCAUGUCUAUUCUAGAGACUCAAUACUCUGGAGACACUGUCAUCGUGGUAUCUCCAGAUUCUGACAAUUUAACAGUUUUACAAGCCGGUUUAACCGGACUUGAUCUUCAAGCUACUAUAAGUCACUAAUCCAUGCAAAAUUUCACUAACAUUUUUAACUUGCAUUUGUGAUGAUAAAUUGUUAAUUGUAAAACCGUGAUUUUUCCAGGCAUAGUGAUCUUUCUUUCAGCCCAGGAGAGGUAAGAUUUGUAGACGCGGAUAGUAUACCUACUUACAAAAAACCCACAUCAAAUGUAUAUAAGUGCUUUAAUCCACCUAAUUGUAGGUGAAAGUUUUUCUCUUUCUGCACAUUUAAUGUACAUGCUUGGAGAAAUGGUAAUCCAUAUGUACGAAUAUAUUGUUUUCAUUGUAUGAGAAAUAUUUACAAGCCA